GCAACUCUCACACAGGAAACACAUUUUCCAAUCCCUGCUUUGUAAAGUCAUUUUAACGCCGUUUCCAAAAUAUCCCUGACUUUUGGCUGCACUGCAAGCCUCUCCGGUUUAUGAAGAACCAAAAGGAGGUAGAGGAGAUGUCCGGAGUCACUGUGACUCACUUUUCUGAAGAGGAUCCAUCCAGCGGGAGGUCCAAGAAUGGAUAUGUUUUCCAAGAGAUGGAGCUGAAGGAUGGCGAACAGAAGGAUUGUGAGGAUGAUCUCAAGGACCACAUCUAUGACAGCCAGGUCCAGAUCAGUGCGUCAGAUCCUGACCGUCCUGGCUUUGGGCUUUUGAACACGACAAGAAAAUAUGUGAAGCCGAUGAACUUCCAUGAGGAAGUGCGCGCCCACAGAGACCUGGACAGCUUCCUGGCGCAGGCGAGCAUCCUAUUGGACGAGAAAGCUGCCACUCUGGACGAGGUCCUGAGGCGGAUGUUAACUCACGUGGUGGAGGACGGCCACGGGGACUGCGAUGUGGACGAGGUCAUGAACUUGCUGUUCACGGACACAACAGGGGAAGAAUUGAAUAUUCACCUCCUGUCAGAGACCCUUCAUGGUGUGAUGGCUACUUCCACCGGCAUUCGCUACCAGCAGUCCUGGCUUUGUAUUCUCUCCAAUGUGAGGAGCCUGCAGAGGCGCCAUGUCUGCAUCACCCGCCUGGACAGGCCACAGAACUGGGGAGCGAACUGCCGCGAGGCGCGCUACGUCAUCCUCAUCCUGGCCCCCCCACGGACGAAAAGCACCAAGUCGGCCGUGGAACUCGGUAGAACAUUUGCCACGAUGUUCUCGGACAUUUCCUUCAGACAGAAGCUUCUGGAGGCCAAGACGGAGGAGGAGUUCAAAGAGGAGCUGGUGCACCACAGAGAGCAGCUCUCCAUCGGCUCUGAGAAGACGAUCGUAACGGAAGUGGAGGACUCAGAUCCACGGAAAGGGAAACCACUUGAGUUCAAAGAAUUCCUUAAAUUCGGUAAAGGUGUUUUUGAUGACCUCCGGCGCAGACUCCCUCUCUACCCGUCAGACUUCACAGAUGGAAUAACUGGGAAGGACCGCUGCCUGCUGAAGUACACCACCACUGCCAUCUUCCUCUACAUCGCCAUUCUCCUGCCUGCUAUCGCCUUUGGAUCAUUAAAUGACGAAAGCACAAGAGGAGAGAUAGAUGUUCAGAAGACCAUUGUUGGGCAGAGCAUUGGAGGAGUGAUCUACUCUCUGUUCGCCGGCUCACCUCUCGUCAUUCCACUGACCACUGCACCCCUGGCCAUCUUCAUAAGCGUAAUCAGGGGAAUCUGCGAUGACUAUGACCUUGACUUUAAAGCUUUCUACGCCUGCAUUGGUUUAUGGAACAGCCUGUUCCUCAUCCUCGGAGGCUUAUUCAAUGUCAGCCUUUUUAUGAAACUCUUCAAACGCUCAACAGAAGAAGUCAUUGCAUUGUUUAUCUCAAUUGCUUUUGUUGGGGAUGCAGUGAAAGGCACCGUUAAAAUUUUUAACCACUUCUACCAUGCGCCCACACUGGCGUCCACAAACACCACGUUCGUGCUCCAGCAGAUCACUGAGAUUCUAGAGAAGGCCAACAACCAGACGGGGAAAACGCUGGCGUCUCCGAAUGGGACCGUGUCGCAGAUGGGACACGCAGAAGAGCAUACGUUAGUGUUCCUGCCCGAGUCUCUGGUGCUGACCACCAGAGAGAGACCCGUACUCUGUCUGCUGCUCAUGCUGGGCACUCUGUGGCUGGGAUACGCCCUCUACCUCGUCAAGAGGAGUCCGUAUCUGAAUGGCAGAGUCAGAGAGGUGGUGUCUGACUGCGCUCUGCCUAUCUCUGUGUUAGUGUGCUCCUUUAUUGGCUCCUACCUUUUCCUCGACAUACAGCUUCCUAGGUUCAAUGUCCACGAUGGCCCCAUCUUCAACUUCCCUAAUUUUGAUAAGCUGUCAGGACUGAAUACACUGUGCGCGGUCGGGCUGGGUUUCCUCCUCGCUUUGCUCAUCUUCAUCGACCAGAACAUCGUCAUCUCACUCACACAUGUGCCUGAACACAAGUUGCUAAAAGGCACGGCGUUCCACUGGGACUUGGUGCUGACGGGCUGCAUCAACAUCCUCAUGUCCUGUUUGGGGUUGCCAUGGAUGCACGCUGCCUUCCCACAUUCCUCCCUACACGCCCGUCAGCUGGCCAAAACAGAACAGCACGUAGAGAACGGACACGUCUACACAACGUGAGUAAAGUUAAAAUGA